AUGUUAUUUCCCAUUAUAACUUUAGUAAAACUCAUUUUGUAUUUAAAUUUGUUCUCAUUGAGUUCUGAGGACAUUGUGAAUUUAAAAUCAGACGGAGUUGUGAUCAUUGGAAGAAAAUUAUUAACUUUGUUUGAGAAUAAGUCGUUUGCGGCGUUUUGGGGAAUUCCGUACGCCGAGCCUCCGGUCGGUCUACUGAGGUUUCAGCCACCCAAGCGUUUAAACCACCUGUCCGAAGGUAUGUAUGAUUACAGCGUUCCUUACGAAGAGACAUGCUCCACCUUGUGUGGUGAGGAUUGUCUAUAUCUCAAUGUGUACAUGCCGCUCUCUCCGAACAAUACGUGCAGCUUCCCCGUAAUUGUGUGGAUUGAAGAAACCUCUGGAUUCCAUCGACCCGACUUCUUUAUCAAUGAGAAUAUUGUAGUGGUCACUGUCUCUUAUCGGACACAUAUACUAGGGUUCUUGAAUACAGAAGACAGUUUUGCUCUAGGUAACAUGGGGGCCAAGGAUAUCCUAGCAGCCCUAAAGUGGGUGCGAGACAAUAUCAGUAUGUUUAAUGGUGAUCCCACAAAAGUAACCGUAAUUGGGCACGGGAAAGGGGCUACGUUGGUCGCGUCACUCUUAGUGUCGAGUGAAGCGGAGGAUUUGUAUAAAAGGGUCAUCAUUCAAAGUGGCAGCGCACUUUCACCCGCCGAUUACAGGAGUUAUAGCUUCGAGAUUGCAAACAAAUUGUACUGGAACUUAAAUGGGCCUUUUGACAAAUUGAACCGCUCAAAACUUUACGAACUACUCUCUAAAGCAUCUACCUGUGAGUUACUAUCAGCGUCGGAAGAUCUUUUCGAUAGUACUGAAGUUAGAGAUAAUCAGAGAUUGAUUAAUGCUUUUGGACCUACUGUUGAGAAAACGAAGAAACACGCAUUUUUACAUGAUCUUCCUGUAAACAUAUACAAAGCUCGUAUGACAAAUAACGACGCCGACAUAAUGAUGGGGUACACGAACUUGGAAUCCCUUUACAAAUUGAAAGGCUUAGCGAAGAAUCGGAAGCUACUGAAGUAUUUAAAUUACAAUUUCCAAUAUUUGGUGCCGUUCGAAGGAGCGGUAGAUGAAUACGGCUCUAAGAGAUACAGAAAGAUACUUAAGAAAAUAAUGGAGUUUUAUUUUUUGAACGGAACGAUCGGGGAGCAAAGUUUGCGACGGUACGCUAAAUACGUGUCAGACCAAGUUAUUUACCCGUUGAUUCGGCAAGCGAGAUUACACGCUCAAGUGUCGCGUGCCAAACUUUACUUGUACCGGUUCUCAUUCAGAGGUGAACUUAAUAGAGCUGGAUUUCAUGCGGGAAAUUUCAAUUUGUCUGGCGCGACGUUUGGGGAUGAAAUCUGCUACUUAUUCAGAUGUAAAUCGGCAAAUGACAUAUACAAUGGCGUCGAGGGUUUUACUGAAAAGGACUUCAUUAAGAAAAUCGCUAGACUAUGGUCGAAUUUCGCUAAAUACGGAAAUCCAACACCGGAUGCAGACGUUUCGAAGCUGAGAAACAUGCAAUGGGAACCAUUUGUCGACCAAUUUCCGCUUAGAGCGUUAAAUUUGGGACGCAAAAUCAAGAUGGUUGAUAUUCCUGAACAGAAAAGAAUUGAGUUUUGGGAUGAACUACGGAAAGAAUUUUAUCCCGAGAAAGAAUGGAAGGGUGAACUGUGAAAAUCAAUUAAGUAGUAAUCAGCACACCGAAACAGAUCAGCAAUCGAGAGAGUAACUUAUCCGAAAUGAGCCAUCAAGUUGGAUGACACCAGAUCUGUAGGUGCAGGUAAAUAUGCUGUCCCCAGAGUAAGUAAUUACUAUGGGGAUAGAAUUAUCAAACACUUACCUUAUUUACUCAACUCCUUACCUGCAGCUAUUAGAAUGGAGAAAAACAAAAAUAGGUUCAAAAGGGCUUUGUUCCAAUACUACAUAGACAAACUUUAGACGCCUUACUUGUUAACUACUUUUUACUUACCUUA